UGCUACAUGAGGUCCAAACCAACAGGGAAGCUGAAGCGACGCAUUCAGGACCUCCGCAUCCCGUCCUUGUCCUGUCGUGAGUACCUGGCCAGCCGCCCCCCUCUGGACCUGAGCCACAAUGAGAGCGCCCGGCUGGCUGUGGACUCCCUCCUCAGCUGCGGCAUGGAUGCAUACCACGAGGUGCUGAACACGGAAGGAGAAGUAGACUUUCUCUCGCGGUCAGAGAAAGCUUUCAUCCAGGAGAAUGGACGGGAUUCACACUUCGUUAAUCCUGGCAGUGAGGAUGAGGAUGAGGAUGAGGAUGAUCACGACGAAGUCAGCGAGUUGGAAUCUGCUCUCUCCGAAACUACAAUCCAUGAUCCACCAAGUCGCUGUGAAGCUGACCAGACAGAUGUUGCAACAGGUGAUCCAGGUGUGGAGGUGUAUCUGCAGUCUGAUGGUAGAGCUGCCAGCAUGAAGGACGUGGUGAGAGAGUUCAUCAGGAAGGCCAAAAAGGACCUGGUCAUAGCAACAGACUCCUUCAGUGAUGUGGAGCUGCUGUGUGACCUCCUGGAAGCCAGUGGAAAGAGACACGUGCGUGUCCAUCUGCUGCUGGAUCACCUCAACCGGAGUCUGUUCACCAACAUGUGGCAGGAGCUGCAACUCAAGAGCAGCAGCUUUCCGGCGAGUCCAGUUCAAAAUCAAACAUAUGAUCAAAGUGAAACUUGGGUGUCGAGUUCUAGUGUGUGUAUGUGUGUGUGUGUUCGUCUCUUUCACGGUGUGUCUCACUAUUUCUGUGGAGUGUUGUGGAAACAGGAAGUGUACUGUAAAGCUGAAUGUUUGUGUGCAUCGGUAGACCUUGUUUGUCCACAGCGUUGAGGGACAGACAUACUGCUCACGCACUGGACGGAGACUUACCGGCCAAAUCUCAGAGAGCUUCAUCAUCUCAGACUGGGAGGAAGUGCUGACUUGCUCGUGCAGCUUCUCCUGGCUGUCCUGGCAGCUCCACCGCGGCCUUGUUGUCAUUCUCAGGGGCAACUCUGUCCCUCAUUUCCGUCGGGAGUUCCUUCGUCUCUGCAGCAGCUCCUGUCCAAUCCCUGGCU